UUUGUGUGAAGAGGAAUUAUAACAAAACAUUCAGCAAAGCGCACACGUACAGGACACAUCAAAACAAUUCUUUAUUUUGAAUCCUUUGUUUAUAUAUAUCAUAAUUAGCUGUGCUUAAUUUGAAACAUGAUUAGUAAAAAUUCGUUCGUGUUCACUAAUUCGUCCAAAAUAGUAAAUAUAGUUUAGAAGAUUUUGUAUAAUGUGCGCCGGGUGUGAUAGUUAUAAAAUAGAAUAGAAAAGUGUAAUACAGCAUCAUCCAUCGAAACAUCAACACGACAAAACAAUAAUAAAUAAUAAUGUCACCAAAAAAGAGUAAUUCGCAACCAAGAAUUAUGGUUUUUCGUCCAACAUGGGAGCAAUUCUCGAACUUUUCCAAAUACAUUGAAUACAUGGAAUCGAAGGGUGCACAUUUGGCUGGAGUUGUUAAAGUGAUACCACCGCCAGAGUAUGUACCACGAAAAUCUGGCUAUGACUUAGACAAUUUAAGAAUAACAAUACCAGCACCAAUUGAACAAAUAGUGUCGGGAAAACAAGGCAUCUAUCAACAAAUAAAUGUUCAAAAACGACCGAUGACCGUUAAACAAUUUCGUGAUCUUGCAACAUCCGUUCGACAUCAAACGCCCAAACACUUUGACUAUGAAGAUUUGGAACGAAAAUAUUGGAAAAAUGUGACAUAUAUUGCACCAGUUUAUGGUGCCGAUGUGGCUGGCACAUUAACCGAUUCGGAUGUUACCAGCUGGAACAUAAAUAGUUUGGGCACAAUUUUAGAUUAUGUGAACAAAGAUUAUGGCAUAUCGAUUGCUGGUGUAAAUACAGCCUAUCUUUAUUUUGGAAUGUGGAAAACAUCAUUCGCUUGGCACACUGAAGAUAUGGAUCUGUAUUCGAUAAACUAUUUACAUUUUGGAGCACCAAAAACAUGGUAUGCCAUACCGACAGCGUACGGUCGCAAAUUGGAAAAAUUGGCAAAUCGAUUGUUUGCCGAAAAUUAUGAACUAUGCAAUGCACAUCUUAGACACAAAAUGACGAUAAUUAGUCCACAAGUAUUGCGACAAAAUCAAAUACCAUUCAAUAAGAUAACACAGGAACCGGGUGAAAUUAUGAUCACAUUUCCAUUUGGCUACCAUGCUGGCUUCAAUCAUGGUUUCAAUUGUGCCGAAUCAACAAACUUUGCCGCAUUGCGUUGGGUCGAAUAUGGCAAACGAGCAUCACAUUGUCAAUGCCGAAGAGAUGCGGUGAAAAUCAGCAUGGACACAUUUAUCAAAAGAUUUCAACCAGAAAAUUAUACAAAAUGGCGAAGUGGUAAUGAUAUUGGACCACAUCCAGAAGAUGCUCAUCGUCAAAGCAAUGGAAGCAGCUCCAAAUCAAAAUCGGCGAAAAGAGCCAAAAAUCAAGAUAGAUUAUCAGCACUGAAAAGGCGAAAAAUUGACAUUUCAAAGUUUGUCGUACCUGAACAUAUGAAUCCAAAAGUUCGUUUGAAAAACAUUUGGAAAGAAUUGGCCGAUGUUGGUGUAGCUGUAAAUCUCUUGCCACCCGGAAAUGUCAAUAAAACCAUUAGCAUCAGAUAUAACAUCAAAACUCAAUCUUUAUUCGACGAUGAUAUUAUGAAUUAGCUUAACACCAACAAAAGAAAACCAUUACUCUACAGCGAAUGUGGAGUGUACGUGUGCUGAUCGAGAACUUUUCUUUUUUUUUUGUUGUGUAAUUAACUUUUUUCAUUCAAGUGUGUGUUUACUCAACGUAUUUUGAGAAAUCUUUUUUUUUUGUUUUCUUUUCAUCAACUCUUCAUUAGCAUUGGAUUCAUUAGAGUUUCUUUUUCUGCCAACUUCGAAGGGCAUCACAUUAAGUUAAGAAAGAACG